AUGCCUGAUAACGCGGACCGCGAGAGCAUACGGGCGCCUGAAGACGAGGAGGACGAGGAGGAACUCAGCGAGGAAGAAGAGGAAGAAGACGAGGAGGGCGAGGAGACGGCCACGGAUGAGGACGAACCGGGCAAGGCUAUAACGUCCACAAACAGCGAACGUACAAUUAAGUGGAUCAAGGGCGCACUCAUCGGCGCUGGUUCCUUUGGAAAGGUCUACCUUGGCAUGGACGCCGCCACCGGUCUACUCAUGGCUGUCAAACAAGUCGAGCUGCCCACGGGUUCGGCUCCGAACGAGGAACGGAAGAAGUCCAUGCUCAGCGCGCUCGAGCGCGAGAUCGAGCUUCUUCGGGACCUACAACACGAGAACAUCGUCCAGUACCAUUCUUCUUGUAUCGAUGACGACCACCUCAACAUCUUCCUGGAGUACGUUCCGGGCGGUUCGGUUACCUCAUUGCUCAGGAAUUACGGCGCGUUCGAAGAGCCCCUUGUACGCAACUGGGUCCGGCAGAUUCUGCUCGGGCUCAACUAUCUGCACUCGCGUGACAUCAUCCACCGCGACAUCAAGGGCGCAAACAUGCUCGUUGACAACAAGGGCGGCAUCAAGAUCUCCGACUUCGGCAUUUCCAAGAAGGUCGAGGACAAUCUGCUCCCUGGUCACCGCGCACACAGGCCUUCCCUGCAAGGCUCGGUGUUCUGGAUGGCGCCCGAGGUCGUGCAGCAGAAGGCGUACACCUUCAAGGCCGAUAUCUGGAGCGUCGGCUGCCUCGUCGUCGAGAUGCUCACGGGCGAGCACCCGUGGCCGACCCUCUCGCAGAUGCAGGCCAUUUUCAAGGUCGGAUCGGCGAAGGCGAAGCCCACGAUACCCCCGGACAUCUCUGCGGAAGCGGUCGACUUCCUCGAGAAGACGUUCGAGCUCGACCACGAGCUGCGGCCGUCGGCCGCUGAGCUCUUCAAGCACCCAUGGGUCGCGAACCAGCCGUCGCCGUUCGGCUGA